AUGGACGACUACAGAAUACAGUGGGUCGGUGCCCCGUGCGGCCAACAUGGUCCGUAUAUUUUCUACAAGGGUUUCAAAUAUUUUAAAGACGAAAAAUGGAAAAUUUUAUCGCUGGGUGAAUUUUUCUUCGUAAGAUGCUCACCGGAAGACCCAGUUUGUAUUGGCGAGUUGCAGCUACUUUGGGAGGACAAAUCCAAUAAUGGCCAGCUUCUUUCAAGCUUGAGAUUAUAUUUUCUCCCCGAAGACACACCCGACGGUCGAUCAGGAUCACAGGGGAAGGAUGAAGUGUUGGCAGCAUCAGAUAAAGUGAUUCUUAAAAUAGAAGAUUUGGUUGAUUGGACAGAAUCAGGCAAAGAUUGGAAUUAUGGAACUGUUGCUAUAUAUGAAAAAGACUUAAAAGGAGACCAGCCAGACCACAAUGCUGCAUUGCUGGAAUCAUUUGCCAUCAACAAUGGUGGACUCAAUGUCAAAGAUAUUAAGAAAGAGAAAAAAUUGAUAGGUGAUGAUCCAGGCAAUGAAACAAAAGUUAUUAUUCUGAGUUAUCCGAAAUAUUGUCGAUAUAUCACAAUGAUGAGGCGAAUUCAGCAUGUCAAAGACUUUUGGCUACGUGAUGCAUUAGUUACUGCCUUAGGAGGCUUCACUGUGAAAAACAGAAACACUCGCCUUGUGUACUGUAAAGAAAUGUUUGGUCAUCCAACGCUGUCUGAUAACGAAAAACUUUGUGAUCAUAUGGCUCCAAAUCUCAAAGGAAGACCACGAAAGAAAAAAACUAAAAUCAAACAUGGGAAAAGUCCACCUGAAGCAUCUUCACCGGCUUCACCUGAUUCCAGUACGAAUGAAGCAGAAAUUACCCACACUGCACCACCAGUAACUCCUACACAUAUGAAGCCAGGUGCCAAGAGUAAAAGUGAACGAUGUUAUAAGGAUGGAGUUCUUGUUCCAAACAUCAAAACACGAGCCCAGAUAAAUGGUGAAGAUAAAGAAGAGGUUGAAUUCCUCUCAUCAUUGUAUCAGUAUAUGAAAGAAAGAACUACCCCAAUUGAGAGGAUACCUCACCUUGGUUUUAAACAAAUUGAUCUGUACUAUUUUUACAAGUUAUCUCAAAAAUGGGGUGGAUAUGAGAGAGUUUGUAGUCGUAAACUGUGGAAGCAUAUUUACGAUGGUUUAGGAGGUAACCCUGGUAGCACAAGUGCCGCUACAUGUACACGAAGGCACUAUGAAAGGUUGAUACUGCCAUAUGAAAGAUUCUUGAAAGGAGAGGAUGAUAGACCUUUACCAUCCCCUGUUAAACACAGAAAGCCACAUCUUAUAAAAAAAGCUGAAGAAUUGACUGUUAAACAACAAGUUAAACAAGAACGCCUUCUUCAACUAAAACAAUAUGAACAGACAGUGGAGGAAAAAAUUAUGAAUGCUGCACAAGAUUAUAAAGUGUCUCCCAGAGUAAAGUCUGAAGUACCAAAACAGAACAAGGAAAACACAACAACUCCUGCAGUUACUCAGUCCGUACCUGUUCUGCUUGUACAGAAAGUGGAAAACGUUGGUGUCAAACCUCAAGUGACUUUCACUAAAGGAGUGUCAUCGAAUGAAGUCAAAGUGAAAGUUGAGCCAACAAUACUUGUGAAAAAAGAGAGUCAUCCAGUCUCCACCAAAAGUUUAAGUGUGAAUACACAAAAUGUGAUUUCUGUUCGUGUCAACAAAACAUUGAGUAUUGAUGCAAUUCCUGCUGUUAAAAUGUCAUCCAAAUGCCAUUCUACUGUGUCGACAGCCAACAUCCCUCCACGAGCAGAAACACUUAUCAGACCUGCCUUGGAGCUGAGAGGUAUCCCAUCACCCAUUCCAUCUCAUUUAACUCCUGCCAGAGUAUCACCGAGUAUCCUGUCUCCCUUAGUAAGGAAAAAGACGCUGUCAAGCCCGCCUGUAGUAACAAAUAUUGCAACACCAAUCAAAAAUACUUCGUUAGUGGCAACUUCAAGGCCAUCAACACCUCGGUCUGUUACGCCAAAAUCAAGGUCAGGCACGCCCACACAACUACGACCUGUUGCACCAUGCAAAGUACAACACACCAUAUCGCAGCCUGUAACAGCUGCUGGUAAAGAAGAAGCAAUCAGAAUGAGGGCUUCUGUGAUUCAGCAUACACAGCAUUCACAAGAUUCACAGAUCAUUAAGACUGAGUCAAGUGCUGAAGACAGUGUACAAGAUGCUACAAAUGAAAUACAUGCCGUACAGCCGAGUGAUCUCAUCCUUCGUCACAUAUCACAGGACCAAAUGGCAAUCAAUCGGGCUUUCUACGAUUCCAUGAUUCGUCCACAGCCAUCCACGAACAGUGAUUCAAAUGGACGUAAAAGAAGCUACGAAAAUCUUGUAACUCCAACACAUUUUCCUUACUAUGCAUAUAUUUCACCGAAUUCACAAGGUAUACCUAAACUUGAGUUAAGCCGUAUUGAAGAUCCUUACUAUGAUCACACAAAAAGGACCAAAUACCCACAAGAUGCAAAGGACAGUUCAAAAUAUUACACAAAAUCUUUUCAAAAUUUCAGCGGUGAUCGCAAACUGAAAGCUCACCAGGUGUUGCACAUGGUGGUGCUCUGCAAAUGACAUAUGCAAAGGUGAAUGAUGAGGAACAACCAACAGAUCUGAGUCUGCCAAAGAAAUGCCGCAAAUCAGU